AGACAAGUGUGUGAAUUAAUCCUCCUCCUCAAAACCCUAAUAUCCACCGAACAAUUCUGCCGUUUUCUCUGCUCCAAUCUCUCUAGCAGUAAGAAUAAGGCCUUUCUGUACCAAAAAAGCUAUCGUUCUGAGCUUUUAGAGGCUAAAAGAACGUUUGUAACGCGAUAACACUUCAAUUCUUGACCAAUAGUUAUCUCUAUCAACAACAAUGAACCGAUGGUAUGUUUUUAUGAACAAUUGUUAUCCCUCUCUCUCUCUCUCUGAAUCCUUUUCUUUAUCAACUGUUCUCGUAAUCCAAUUGAUUCAUGUUUUUUUCCUUUUGGAUAUACGAAAGUUUGAGAAAUGGAGGUGUUGUGAAUGAGGACAGGAUCAGUGACUUGCCUGAAGCUCUGCUUCUGCAGAUAUUGUCUUUACUUCAAGUAAAAGAUGUUGUAUCCACUAGUGUUUUGUCUAAAUCAUGGAGGUCUCUCUGGAAGUUGGUACCUAAACUCAAGUUUUAUUAUCCCAACAAUCAAAGUGAACAGUAUAGAGAGAAUUUUUGCAGGAUUUUGGUUUCCAAUAAAGCUCCGUUUCUAGAGAGUUUGCAUCUCUGUUUUAGUUUUAACAGUUGUAGUUCUAUGGAUGUUGGAAUGUGGAUUGGAAUUGCAUACGCACGCCAUGUCCGUGAGUUGGUUCUCCAUGUUGUGUCUGAAAAAUAUUUGUCGUUUCAAUUUCCUAAAAGCUUGUAUAAUUGUGAAACACUAGAGACCUUGACACUCAAGGGUUGGAUUCAUGUUAAUGCCCCUUCUCCGGUUUGUCUCAAGUCUCUUAGAACUCUGCGUCUUGAGAAUAUGGAUUAUAACUACGAUCAUUCGGUUAUUAACCUUUUUUCUGGCUGCCCUAAACUUGAAAAUUUGGUUGUGUAUCGACGAAAUCUACUGGAUGUGAAGACUUUCACUAUUGCAGUGCCAUCUUUACAGAGACUAACAAUUUAUGAUGACAAUGAUGCAAAACACUGUAGGGGCUAUGUGAUAAAUGCUCCUUCAUUGAAGUACUUGAAGAUUGAUGGGUUUAAGGCUCUCGAGUCUUGUCUGAUUGAGAACGCACCAGAGUUGGUGGAGGCAAAGGUUAUCAACGUCUCUAAGAUAAUCAACGAGAAGCUUCUGGAAUCUCUAACUUCAGUCAAACGUCUUUCCUUGGCUUUAUCACCAUUAGAGAUUAAGUAUCCUACUGGUCGCAUCUUCUAUCAGUUGGUAUCUUUGGAGCUGUAUACAAAUAAAGCAGAGUGGUGGAAUCUACUAGUGCUCAUGCUCGAUAGUUCUCCUAAAUUGCAAGUCCUCAAGCUCAUCGGUAAAUGGUAUGGUGUGAAAAAUCAUUUAGCCAUUAGGAAUUGGAAUCAACCAAAGAAUGUUCCUGGAUGCUUGUUGUUUCAUCUCGAGACAUUCAUGUGGAAAGGCUGCAAAAGGCUAGGAGAAGAUGAAAAGGAGGUGGCGAAAUACAUCUUAAGGAACUCAAAUCGUUUGAAGAGAGCGACUUUCACCAUAAAAAUCUACGAAGAGAACGAUUCUCCAGACAUGGUUGAGGUGGUGGAGGAAUUGAAAAGUGUGGUCAUGGCUUCGAAUUCAUGCCAACUUGUGUUCAAAGAAACUGAUAGCAGAUGCAAGUACUAAGUAUUACAAACUUCAAUUUGUUUUUAAAGACGUAUUCGUUUUAGAUAUUGAGUUAUAGUAUGUUUAACGGGUUCAAAAUUCUGAACUGUAUGUUAAGGUUAUACAAUCUUAACUAGAUUUUAACCCGCGGUACACCGCGAGAUGAUUUAAUUUUAAAGUUAAUAUAAAAA